GGUCAGACACCGACCGUUCCUGUUCAGUCAUGGCGGCCAACUUCGCCAUUCGUUCGGUGGCGCCGCGACGAGUCUUUGGUUUACAGAGAGGGUCACCGGGAUCUCCUAUUUCCGUGGUGGGCCUCAGGUCCCUUUGUGCCACAAAAUGGCCAAUCCAAGAGUCGACGGAGGAAUAUGAAUUCGUCGAGCGUCUCCUCCCGCCGUCUCGGGUUCCCACUCCGCCCAAGCACCUGGGACCGACCCCGUCUGGCUGGACCCCGCCGGCAGAGUCCCCGCCGUCUCUCCCUUACAUGAUACGUCGCUCCCGCAUGCACAACAUUCCGGUCUACACUGACGUGACCCACGGUAACCGCAGGAUGACGUUGGUCCGGAAGGUGGAGGGCGACAUCUGGGCUUUGGAGAAAGACGUGAAACGGCACCUGAAGGACGUGACUGGCAAAGAAAUGCCCACUCAGGUCAACGAGGUGACGAUGACACUGAAGGUGAAAGGCCAUUUUGAUAAGGAGCUGAAAGAAUGGUUGAGCAGGAAAGGCUUCUGAAGGAGCUUGGAGGGAGACAUGCUCGUGUGUGACACUCGUUCAGCUCUGCCUCGCACCAAACAGACGCAGUUUAGAGUCCGAGAAACUCAUAAAUGCAUAGCAAUUAUUUGGUGCAUGCCUGUAGAAGCCAUGGCCGAGUUGCUGGUAAUGAUUCCAGAUGUCCAUAAAGCAUAACAUCUGUAAA